AUGCAGGAUAUAGUUGAGCCAAACGAAGAAGCCGCGGACUACCCUAUGGAGUCGCCGCGAACGGAACCUGAUCACUGCAUCGACCCGCCCACCGCGGGGAUGGCUCGAUCGGGACCGAGAGUCUGGUUCCGAGACAUUGGAGGGAGUAAGGAACCCGUGGGGGACCAAGCUUGGAUGGAUCCAGGUCUGUCCGAAUUCUUGCGGGAACUUGCCGCUCAGAUGGCCCGGGGGGUAGUGCAGGCAUCCCAGAGGUCCAUCGGAUACGAGGACGGCAAGAACAUGAGGGAUUUCCUCGACCUUGCAGAGUUAGAUUUCAUCGAGAGAGGGCUAGAAGAACGGCUGUGGGGAGAAGAACUCAAAAGAUAUCUGCGAGGAGACGCCUUGAGAUUCUGGCUGUAUCUGCGUCGCACUGGAGAACCCUUAACUGAUUGGGAGCAACUGAGACAGCGAUUCUGUGAGCAGUUCUGUAAUAUUACUCUGGAACGGAUGAAGGUCAUGAUAGCGAAGAAUGUCUGGAGGGGCGACCACCACGCAUACUCGGCGCGCUUUGCGGACAUUGUGGCUCAAGGGGUGACGGUGGCUCCAGAUAUGUUGGUGGGGUACUACCUGGCCAACCUGCCAGGUGAAAUACUCAGAGAGGUAACUCGAGGGGGAACAAGGAGAUUCGCAGACUGGCGAGACGCCGCCGCAGCACUGGCUGCUAUGGCGGCACCGUGGAAGGAUCUAUGCGAAGACCACCAGCGAUUCCGGCGAGACUUAGAGGACGCCACGCGUAGAUGGGCUAAAGGCGGGCGGGAGCCGGACCUAGUACGCGAACGAGAGAACAGGGACGACAGAAGGAAUGAUGCUUCGGACCCGCGCUGCUACGCGUGCAGCGGAAGGGGACAU